AACAAACCAGAAGAAAGUCACCCUUUACAAUGAUAGUGAAGUAACAAUUAAGUACUCAUGGCUAAAAUUUGGGACUGUACAAGAAGAUUUGAAUGAGCUAAACAAGAAGGAGUGUUGUGGCCCGGGGGGAGGUGUGAUAUGACUGUGGUCUUCAAGCCACAGACAGCAGAAUAUCUCUGUACCGAGGCGUUCUGUGAUGUGGCAGGCCGUGACAACAGGCUGCCUCUGGGUCUGGAUGGUCAUGGACUUGGGCCUCUACUAGAGCUAUGCUUCCAUUCCCUGGAUAUUGGUGCAGUCUUCCUAGGUGCUAUACAAUGCUAUGAGAUUGUGGUCGCCAAUAAAGGAGAUAUCCCUGGAAGUAUUGAACACAUACCUACCAAAAUGGUAUUUGGUGGAAACUUGACAUGCAAACCUGAAACUUUGUGUUUACUGCCUUUUGAAAUGAAGUCGUUCAUAAUUUCGUUUUCCAGUGGUCGCACUGGAAAAUUUAUGGAAGAUGUAAAAUUUAGAAUAAGUCAGUCAGGUGAAGAACAGAAGGUUUUGUUAAAAGGCAGCAUUGUCAACCCAACUGUAUCUUUUGAUGUGACCAACCUUGAUUUUGGUUGUGUUGCUGUAGGUUUCCCAAAGACGACAGGAGUGUGCUUGGUCAACCAAUCAGAAGUGCCUGUGGAGUUCUCAUUGAGAGUGCCCAGUGAUGGAUUCUAUGAUCCGGUGACGUGUUGGGACUUUGCCCAAGCAAAGAUUAAACCUGCUAUUGUUCCGUUCUGCAGAGAGUUUACCCUGAAUCCAGAAAAUGGAGUGGUCCAUGCCAAUUCCACUUUACCCAUUGAGGUGACUCUCGUUACAAAUACUACCCACUGUCACACUUGUACUUUAGUGGCAGAGAAUAAGAGCGGUAAACUGUCAGAGCCCAUCUCACUCCCGGUUGUGUACGAGUCUCAGGUAGCCACUCUGGAGUGUCGGCCAUCAGAGGUGGAGUUUCGUUUCUGUUUCAUCAACUAUGAGUAUAUGGAAAAGAUGACUCUCAUCAAUGUCUCCAACUUGCCUGCCUAUUUUGCCAUUCUUCCCCAACAGGAGUCCUCACUGAAUCCAUUCAAGUAUACAGUGACCACUAGUGAGUACUUCCUCCAGCCAGGACAAUCUAUGAGCUUCACGGCCACUGUGGUGCCCUUAAUUGUUGGAAAGUUCAACCAAAAUGUGAUGAUGAUUGUUUUUGGAAAAAGCGAACCAGUGACACUGUUCACUAUAAACUGCAGUACCCAAGGUCCAAAUGUGUCUACCAACGUGGAGGCUCUCAACUUCGGCAAACUGAUACUACUGGAGUCUAAGACAUUGAGUUUGGACUUGACCAAUGAUUCUCCGAUUGGUGCCAAUUUUGAAAUUUAUGCAGAGGGAAAGCACCAGGCCAAGUGGAGUGUGAUGCCAAGCACAGGCCAUCUGCAUGCCGGAGAGACUAAGACAAUCAGUGUGACGGUGACGGUGCUUGACCCUAGCACAGUGUCAGCCUCUCUGCUGGUACACGUGGAGCAUAGUCGAGUGAUCAACAUCGGCCUCUUUGCCUCUGCAUCAGGCUGCGGAAUCCUAACGGAGCCCAAAAUUUUCCCUGAGAUAGACCUCGGGUAUUUGUUCAGCCGAAGACUGUAUCAGUUCACUAUAAAACUUCAUAAUCCAGGAACCAGACAUCACAUGAUACAUUUCAUUCCCGACAGACUGAGUAUUAGAUCUGGAUCUGUUCCUGUACUGAGUUUGUUCAGGUUCGUACCUUACAAAUUCGAUCUGGAAGGUGGCCAAAGUACAGAGAUAAUAUUGGAAGGUCAAAGCAACAGAGAAUUUGAGGUGUCAGAAUCUUUUGUAUGCUGGGCAAUAAUUAACAAAAGAGGCAUCAAACAAAACCUUGGCAGUAUUCAAAUAAAAGCUAACUUCAUAAUGCCGAUGAUAGAAUUGUCCGAGAGGUCCUUGGAAUUUGAAAUCAACAUCGGUCCCCAUAGUAGCCAAGGUCAAACAGACACGAGAACAAUGGCCUUAAAAAAUAUUUCCAACUUACCAGUCACAGUGGUAUUAGAGCUGGCACAUCCAUUUUUGAUUUCGGAAAGCGAAACUUCCAGAUCUACAGAAAACAUUCUGAGCCUGAACCCUUACACUGAGAGAGAAGUGGCAGUCGGAUUUUGGCCUCCUGUACAGUGUAGUCUACAGUCCACCACUUACCACAGUGCCUUGCAAAUCAGUUAUAAGGAGCAUCCACAGAGGGACAAGGUAAAUUUGAAGGGAAAGCUGAAUUUUCCCAACUUGCAGUUCUCUCAUCCGUCAGUGGACUUUGGCUGCAUUCCACUGGACUUUCAGGAUCACAGAGAGAUACUCAUGGUCAACCCAACACCUCUCCCAGUCACUUACAGCUUCACCUGGGAUCUAGACUCUGUGGCCGUCACAUACUUUGAGAAAGAGAAAAUUGAAGAAAUAAUUGGUGUUGAGCUGUCUGAACAUUUAAAGUUAGAUCCUUUAUGUGAAAAUCGUUUACUCCCAAUGAUGAAGUACAAAGAAUUGAUUACAAGGUCACUGCCUCUGAUCUAUGUUGAACCGGUCCCUGUUGAUCCUGCAAUGUUUGAUAAGGGUCAUGAGGAUGAAAUGGAUGAGUUUCCAGAUGAAAAAGACGAAAAUGAUGAAAUGCACAAAAUUUUAUUUCCUUUGAUUCAGUGCUACUACAAACCAGAACAUCCAACACCAGAAUUCAAUAUUCUCCCGAAAGAAAUUUCACCAGUGCCUGUAGUCUCUGAGAUAUUUGACCUGACACCCACUGAGGGGGUGCUGGAGCCAUUCCAGUCACAAGUCCUGAAUGUGGCAUUCCGGCCACCACCAUUCACAGGCAUUGUGGCGACUGCUGUGUGCUCGGUGCUGGGCGGCCCCAUGGAGACUAUCCAAUUGUCCGGGCAGAGCUCCAGGCACGUGUUCUCUCUCAGCUCCACUUACAUCAACUUUGGCUUCCGGACAUUCACAGAGGUAUGUGAGGAGGUGAUAGAGCUCAGCAACAUGAGUCAGCUGCCAUUCACCUUCCGAGUGUCGUCUGCCGCAGAUGCUGCAGUACCAUCGGACAUGGCAGAUGUGGAACUCGGCCGGCUCACUAUACAGCCCUCCUAUGGUAGAGUAAAUGCCCAAACAAGCAUAUCCAUAUAUGUCAGGUUCUACCCAGGCCUGACUGGCGAGUUCCAACAGCAGUUCACAAUACAGGUUGGAUACUUAGAACCAGUGAUAGUGUUAGUGACUGGAUACGGAGUGUUGCCUCAAGUCUCUGUGAACCAGGCACACAUAUCACGACCACGGCUGCCUAUCUAUCUAGGCUACAAGGCAGUGGCCAGUCUCACUGCCCGGAGGUUCCAACAUACAAUAUCUUGUCACCACCUGUCUGUGGACCUGACACAGCCGCCUAGUGAUGACAUCCUGUCAGACUGGGUAGUCAUCAACUUCACGGACAAGUUCCCCACCAAUAAUGACAUUUGGCUGGCUAUAGAGCGAUUGAUUGCCAGCAGCUACUUUAAAGAAAACCCACAGUUCUUGAGUGUGAGUCGCUCUAGAAACAAUAACAAGCGUACACCUCAACUUGUAUUUCCUGGUUAUGUCCUAGAUUUAGGAAGCGUUAUUGUUGGCACAACUACUGAAGCAACAGUGAUGGUGGAGAACAGAGGUUUGGUCAGAGCUGACGUAACCCUCGCUUUCUCUGUCCCAGAAAAAAAACUGAAGCAGGACGGUUUUUUUAUCAACUUCCAAAACCACAUGUCACUGCCUAUCGGGAGAUCUGUUCCCAUGAUCAUAACCAUCAGACCUUCCCCUGGACGGUAUUCUGGCAAACAGGAGAUAGUACAUUUCACCCUAUACAUAGAGGUUAACAAUGGUGGCGUUAUUCCCAUGUACGUAAAAGCUCUCCUGACAGUGCCAUAUGUUACACUGGACCAGAAAACACUUGAUUUUGGAGAUGUACACUGUGGUCAGUGUUGCAUCAAAUGCAUUGUGUUAAAAAACUGUGGAGCAGUGGAGGCAGAGUGGAGUGCCACUCUUGUUGGAGUGAAGCGCAGGAGACGCUACAAGGACUCAGAGGAAGAGAUGCCAUUCUUUAUCAAGAGAACCAGUGCCUUGUUCCCACCCAAGACUGCGGAACUGAUAGAAAUCGGAUUCAUUCCCACCAAAGAGAGAUUGUAUGAGACGAUGCUGAAGCUGGAAGUGAAGCAUAAUCCAGAGAAGAUGACAGUACAGCUGAUAGGCUCAGGUGUGGAGCCUCGGGUGUUUCUGGAUCCUCUGACUGUACAGUUUGGGGCCCAUGUACCUUACUCUGGGAUUGUACAGAGAGAGUUAAUUGUCAGCAAUAAGUGUAACUUCAACAUUGAACUGUACUUUCCAGACUUUGACAGUGCAAUACUGGAAGAAGAUCGUGUGCUGAGAGUUUUAACUCAUUUGUAUAAUUCUGACAAGUUAUUGCUUCCUUUAGACCUGUAUGAUACAGCGCUAUCAGAAGAACUCAAAGAAUUUUACAAAAAACUUGUGGACAACGCACGAGAAAUAUCAAAAUCAAGUUUGGAAGCUACAGAGAAUAUUGCAGAAAAUUCUUCUACUGGAGUCUCAUCAAUAAGUCAGAGAAAAUUAAGUAAGAAUGAAUUGAACACGUCAAGAGAUGAGAAAACCAGUGAUGUUGAAAGUGAUAGUUUUGUUCCUCCUUCUCAUCCGCUAUCAUUGAUGUCGUUAGAUGGAAUAGAAAAUCACUUACAUGGAUUGAUUGAUGACUCAUCUGUUGAACUGGGAGGAUCUAGUGACCCUCUGGAGCUGAAGGAAAGGACAGUCCCUCUGCCCGCCUUAGAUGCAAAGGACCCCAACAAGGGCAUCCUUCUGGCCUUCCACGGUGCUCCUAAAACAGAUUGCGUAUACUGGGCCAAUAGAACUGCCAACAAGCUGUUGCUGAGUGUAAGGACCCUGGACCAGGUGAUACUGGAGGAGGCAGCAGGAUCGGACAGGUUGGCAGCAGUCACGGUACAGCAGGCUGUGUAUGACAGCUAUAUGGAACUUGCUGUGGAUCUGGAUGCUGUAGAAACGGUAUCUGAAGUUGGUACAGGUGUUAAUUACGAUGAACUCUGCAAGAGGGUAUUGUUUCUAAGUACUGCUAAAGCACCACCCAUCCUAGUGGAUGAAAAGAAGAAGGGAGCAGGAGGAAAAAAAUCUCCAAAGCCUAAAACUGCAGUUAAAACGGACUCACCAGCUACAUUUAGAGAUAUUCCAGUUGAAGUAUUUGUUGAUUUGAUUAAAGACAGACUGCUGGAGGAAGUAGAGAUGGGUUUGGUGCUAGUAAAUUUGACAGGGUUCUUCCUUAAGUUGGUCAAGCCUGCUGUGAGCGUUAUACUGAAGUGUGUGGGUCAUAUCAGCUGCCUAGACUUUGUCACUUUAUUCAAUACCCAUAUACACAACCUCAUGUGGAAAACUAAAUGCCAGCAAAAGAAAGACAUGAUACAGAAGAUGAUGGAGGAAGAGAAGAUGGUCUUGUUUGAUGAGAUGAGCCGAGAACAGCUGAUGGAGCUGUCAGCUGAGGAUCAGUUAAUGUUUGAGAAAACAGUUUUAGAGGACAGAAAACAGCUGCUGAACAAGCUGAGGGGUAGAGAGCGUCAGACAAGCCUUCCUGCUUCUCCCGCUGGCACCAUUGCUACCAAAUCAAAGAAAGAUGACAAGAAGUCCAAAAAGCAAUCUGUGGGUGCUUCUGAAAAAUCUAAAGAUACAAAAACAACUGUUAAAGGAAAGAACAAAAGUUCUACUUUGCCAUCACCAACAAAUCUAAAAUCGAAGCAAUCAUCUCUUAAGUCAUCGAAACUCCAAAAACAAUUAGGAUUGGUGGAUGAAAUUGAAGAUGAUGCUGCAUUGGAGGCUCAGUUUGCCUGUUAUCAGCAAGAGCUGGAAGAACUGGUCACUUUACUCAGCAGGUGGAAUAAAACUACAAAGGAAUUUGAGGGUCUUGACCGACUUCCAUCACUGUUCUCUGUACCAAAACCACAGACAAAGAAAGGGAACAAGCCCUCAGCUAAACCAGAUAUCAGUAAUAAUAGAAGAACCUCAGGGACUAAUAUUGGUGUAAACUGCAAUAUUAUCAAGUUUCCACUCAAUCCAACAGAUACCUGGUUUGGAGAGCUGACAAAAUUUAAGGCGAACAGAGAAACUUUCAUAACAUCUAAAAAAGUCGAAAAAGAGUGGUUUGAAAUCUCAUUGCCACAUCCUUUAACGCUAGCUUCUGUAAAAACGCCUGAAAUUAGAACAGGAAACACUGAUCUUGGUUAUUUCAAAAUCCUGGAUGGUAAAUUUACUGAACUUGAAAUUGGAGUUUCUGACGAUGAUGUAACUGAUGAAACAGAACAAGUAGUUGAUGUAGAAGAUUCCCAACAGGAAGAAGAAGAAAACUCAGAUGAAAUUAUAAGUGAAAAAAGUGCUCAUUCAGUUGCAUCAUCCUCUCAGUUCAAAACUAGCAAAAGUGAAAACUCUAUAAAAUCUGAAAGGGAUGCUACUGUGGAGGAAGUUGUUAUAGAAGCAUCUGGAGAUUCUGCUUCCACAACAGAAUCAAAGAAAUCAGGGACGUCUGUAUCCACCCUUAGCACAGAUGAGACAGUAGAAGAGAAGUUCACAGCAAGAAUAAAUCUUGAACCUGGUGAGAAAAGAUCAUGGAGAGUAUUUUUUGAUCCUAAAAAGUUGGCUGUCUAUCACCAAACUUUGCAACUGGAAAUCGGGGGUUGGAGAAAGAGGUACAACGUGUUUUUGUCGGCAACAUGUGACAUACCGCACAUUGACAACAAUCCCACAGCAAUUUUCAAAAAGGUUCACACAACUCUAAGCUCAUCUGGUAUUAGCAACAAUGUCUAUUUGCUUGAUGAAAACCAGUUUUAUUUUGGUCCAGUAUAUGCAACAGAAGCUAAUAAAAACAGGACUAACGAUGUGUCGACGAAGUUUUGUUUCACUAACAUAUCAGCGGUAGAUGUAGAAAUUAGUUUUGAAUUCUUGGAAGAAGACAAUAUAUUUGGAGACUUUCCUUUUGGAUUCACAUCAAAAAGUCAACAAAUCCCACCAGGCAAAAGUAAAUACCUGGAGGUGUACGCCUGCCCCCAAGUUAUUGGAAAGUUUGAGGGAACACUUGUCUACAGCAUGCUGAAUAACCCUGAACCUGGAUUCAUACAGAUGACCUGCAUUGGAGUAUUGUGUGACUUUGAGUUGACUCCAAAGGUAGUGAAAUUCGAACGGGUUCUCCUCUACCGGAAAGAGUGUAGCCUAUUGAACCUUAUCAACAGAUCUUACAAACCACUGGGUUGGCGUUUGGUAGGCGUGCCACUGCUCAGCGAGCAGGUUUCAGUCAGCCAGCAGUCAGGGGUCAUACAAGCAUUGCAAACUGCCAACGUCUAUGUCAACUUCCACGCACAAUUUGUUGAAGUUGCCACCCACUCUAUCCAGAUCGAGGUCUACGAUGAUGAGUUUAGAGGAGAGCCAUUUAUGACAGAGUCACUCGAAAUUGUCUUAGAGUCAGUCGACGUUUUAGUUGACAUCAUAUUCCCAACAGAAAAAUAUUCUGAAAUCAAUUUUGAUACCGUCCAAGUUGGAGAGCCCGAAACUCAAACCAUCAUAUUGAAAAACAAAGGAAAAUAUGAUGUAACAUACCAGAUAAAGUUCAAUGAAGAAGCAAACAUUGGCUUCGAUGCAGAAAAAAUGUUUACAUUCACUCCAAAAAGUGGAAUUUUACCUAAACUAGAAAAACAAGUACAAGUAAAGGUCUGCUGUCUAUGCCCACACCCUGUACACAUCAGCAGUGUGCCGGUGUUCAAGGUAUGGCUGGUGGAUACUGCUCCCCAGACACAGCCAGUUGCUGCAGUACCCAUCAAUGUUACUAUAGACGCUUUCACCUCACAAUACAAAGUUAUUCCAGAAUCAGAAUUAAACUUUGGUCCAAUUCUGGUGGGAACAAAGAAAAUUGAAACGAUCAUUGUAGAGAACAUUGGAAAAUUUGAGUUUGUUUUUAGCGUCAAGACACUAGAGCAAGUGGAAAUGGAAACUCUAGAGCAACGCCAAGGAAUCCAAGAUCAGAACAAGAGUGUUAAAAGUUCAAAAGGGAAGAGCACUAAAACUCAAGAAAGCACUAAGGGAAAGUCAGUGAAAAGUAAAGCAUCUAGUAAAAAAGUGGAGGAGUUCCCAAGCCUGACAGCCGGAAUAUUCUCUAUCUCCAACACAGGUGGUCGGGUGGCUCCCGGCUCCUCCUUCACACUCAGCGUUGAGUGCAAUGUGGAGACUGAGGAGGACUACUCUCAGGUGAUUGUGAUCAAACUGCUGGACCAUCCCUGGAACAAGAAGAAAGGCACUCAUAUCACUCUGACUGCUGCAGCUUUCCUCCCUUCAGUAAACUUUGACAACCUUGAUUACAUUUUUCAAGAAGCCCUCCCAGUUUCUACAGAGGACUUUGUCAGAGAUGGAGAACCACACAUCGUGUUCCAUCAGGAACAGAAAAUAUUGCGGUUCAAUGAUGUGUGUGUCGGCUCCGAGGCCAGUCUAAGUAUGCAUCUGCAUUUGCGUAACAUGGGAUUGGUGAACUGCGAGGUCACAGUGACCUCCACCCAUACCACGCCACAGUCUGCCUUCAUUUUUGAACCCAGCAAGUUUUCCAUCAUGUCGCAAUCAGAGUUCUGCUUCAGGAUAUCUUUCGUGCCCACACAAAUUGGCACGUUCACAGAAGAGCUGCAGGUCCGUGUGAUGGUGCCUGAACAGUCCAAGCCACAGAUGCUCACUGCUACACUGAUCGGGAAGGCACACUUGCCUCAGGUGCAAGUGAUCAAACCUCCACGUCCUUCCAUAUGUGACGUUGCUUCUCCAUCCAUCCUUGAGUUUUCUCCUACCCUCGUAGGACAGUCAAUCUCUGAACAGGUGGUCUUUGUCAACAGUGGCUCUAUCAAUUGUACGGUAAUUAUAGAAGUUGUUGGGAACAAACACAAAGCAUUUUCAUUCCGAAUAUGUGAUAGAGAAGUUUUACAGUGUAAAGAUACAGACUUUGUACAAGAGGUGGUAAGGCUUGCACAUAGCAAGGUGUGUGAGGUGGGAGUGGUGUUCCUUCCCAUGACAGAAGGCCAGGCAGACUGUGAACUGAAGCUCUACGUCACCAACAACCCCUAUGAGGAUCAGAAGGUGACAAUAAGAGGAACAGGCUAUCUGCAGGAUGUAGUACUGGACGGUGUGCCUCUCGUGGUGGAACAGAAGCUCAGUCUAGUGGAUGAAAGGUCAGGUCUUCGAUCGCUGAAGUACAAAUUAACGAUAGGGCCGUGCCACGUGGGGGAGACUGUGAGGCAUCUGUUGGUAUUGAAGAACCAAACCUCAGACCAUUGGUACCGCAGCUUUCCAAUGGUCUGAAGAGCUACCCCUGCUCUCUGUCUCUCCAACUGUAGGCCACCUACCUCCCGAGACCAGCAAGGAGGUCAUGGUCACUUUCCAGAGUCUCGAGCCUGGCGUUGUGCUGAAGAAAAAAGAACUCAAAUGUUUGCUGGCUCAAAUCCAGUUAAAGGAAGAAAGUAAUGCUCCUUUCGGUGGCUGGGACAAUAAUCUAAAAACAGUGAAAUGGAUGGAAAGCUCAGAAACUCCAGAGUUAGGGUUAGUAAG